AACGAAACAUAAUGUCUAACGAAGAAACUUUUCUAUUUACUUCAGAGUCCGUUGGUGAAGGUCACCCUGAUAAAAUUGCUGACCAAGUAUCAGAUGCCAUCUUGGACGCCUGUCUUAAAGCCGAUCCUUAUUCCAAGGUAGCCUGUGAGACAGCAACAAAGACUGGGUUAAUUUUCGUAUUUGGAGAAAUUACGACCUCGGCAACUCUUGAUUAUCAAAAGAUUAUCCGAGAUACCAUUAAACGUAUUGGUUAUGAUGAUUCGUCUAAAGGGUUUGAUUAUAAGACUUGUAAUGUGCUUGUAGCUAUCGAGCAACAAUCUCCAGAUAUCGCUCAAGGUCUUGUACAGAAAGGUCAAGAACUUGAAAAUAUUGGUGCUGGUGAUCAAGGUAUAAUGUUCGGAUAUGCUACUGACGAAACCUCCGAGUUAAUGCCACUUUCCCUGGUAUUAGCUCACAAGUUAAACAAGAAAAUGGCCGAUCUCCGCAGAGAUGGAACUCUUAAGUGGCUUCGACCAGAUUCCAAGACCCAAGUUACUGUACGCUAUAAGAAAGAAAAUGGUGCUUUAGUUCCUCUUGAAGUGGAUACAAUCGUAAUUUCAACACAACAUACUCCCGACGUCGAACUUACACAACAAAAAGCUGAUUUAGAGGAAUAUGUUGUUAAAAAAGUUAUUCCAGCAGAAUUUCUCAAAGCAACUACUUAUCAUUUACAACCUUCUGGCAAAUUUAUUAUCGGUGGGCCACAAGGUGAUGCUGGUUUAACAGGACGUAAGAUUAUUGUUGAUACGUACGGUGGUCAUGGUGCUCACGGUGGUGGCGCUUUCUCUGGCAAAGAUUGGUCUAAAGUCGAUCGUUCUGCUGCAUAUACCGCUCGCUGGAUUGCUAAAUCUCUUGUUGCAGCUAAAGUGGCACGUCGUAUAUUGGUUCAACUUUCUUACGCUAUUGGAGUUCCUGAACCUCUUUCUAUUUACGUUGAUACCUAUGGUACAUCAACCAAGACAAACUCGGAAAUAUUGGAUAUCAUUAAGAAGAACUUUGAUUUGAGACCAGGUGAAAUUGUAAAACAACUUAAGCUCCAUCAACCAGACGGUUGGAGUUACGAACAGACUGCCGCUUAUGGGCAUUUUGGUCGAGAGGAGGUGAAUUAUUCUACUUAUCUUGUUUGA